AUAUUCCUGUUGUAAAUAUAACAUUUAUAUGCAAUUCAGCAAACUGCAGAAAGAAAUUUUGCAUUAGCAUGAAUAUCUUGUCUUGAUACGGGUGAAAACUGUCAAAUGAGAUUCGCCUUAUUGCAGUGACACAAAAACAUUGCAAAAGGCAGCCAACAGGUGUCGCAAACGCCUCACCAUGAAUGAUGCACUAGCGCAAGAGACUUGCCAAUGACAGUGGAGAGGGGGAUUCCGCAUUUAAUAAUUAAAAAAUGCAAUACUACGUGAAAAUUGGAAUCAUGUGUAUAUUUUCCUUUUAAAUAUUAAAAAAUAAUUCCGACAUGCAUUCCCUCUAAAUUCUCAUAUCCAGACUGGCAGUUAAAAGACACCCUUAAUUAAUAGAAAAUCUGGCACAAGAAAUAUGUUCAUUAAACCUUGAGGAUGUUUGUAUCUUUUAACGAAUCCAUAGCAGACUGAAUGCUGAAAUCAGUGCAGUCUCAGUUCUGAUCUGUGUACACCGUGUAGCCUACAUGUACUGGCAUACGGGUUUACCAGUCUCAUAGACGUGCAAGCAGAGGGUGGCAUCCGAGGUAGGGCUGUACAGUAAACAAUUUUGGUACGCUUGCAAUGAUGAUACAUAGCAUAACCGCAUGCUAGUGCAGACGUCGCAUGCCGCAUGUGCACGCCUGUCAGUGGAGCCUGGGUGCACACAACCAUACGUGCUGGACCAGGAGGAAAACAAUCUCAAGCGCGUAUUUGGGCUCUCCUCGAGGGCUCAUGAUUGCGUGAUGAGAGAAAAGAGGACUGCUGCUAUCAUGAACGAAUGUAAAACAUACCACAGAUUUUAGGCAGGCAUUGGUGGAUAAAAACACCCCAAGCAACUCGCCCAGCAAUGGAGAACCAGGUGGCGAUGGAGCAGCAGAGCUACGAGGACGUGCGGAAAAGCGGUUAUCUCCGCAAGCAGAAAUCUAUGCACCGGCGCUUUUUCGUUCUCCGGGCUGCGUCGGAGCAGGGCCCGGCCAGACUAGAAUAUUAUGAAAACGAAAAGAAAUUCCGAAGCAAAUCACCAGUCCCAAAGAAGGCAGUGAACCUAGACUCUUGCUUCAACAUCAACAAACGGGCAGAUUCUAAGAAUAAGCACAUGAUAGUGCUGUAUACCCGCGGGGAGAGCUUUGCCAUCGCCGCGGACACUGAGGAGGUCCAAAACGAAUGGUACCAGGCCAUGCUGGAUCUACAGUGUAAAUGUAAGACUCCUGAUGAGUGUGGCAGUGGAGGAGACUGUGAAUUGCCUUCCCCUGGUCCUGCCUUUAAGGAGGUCUGGCAAGUUAAAGUCUGGCCAAAAGGUUUGGGCCAGGCCAGGAAUCUAGUUGGAAUCUACAGACUUUGCUUAACAGACAAAACAGUCAACUUUGUCAAACUCAACUCUGAUGUUGCAGCUGUGGUCCUCCAGCUGAUGAAUGUUCGACGCUGUGGCCACUCAGAGAACUUCUUUUUCAUUGAAGUGGGUCGUUCUGCCAUGACAGGCCCUGGAGAAUUCUGGAUGCAAGUAGAGGAUUCAGUGGUGGCACAGAACAUGCAUGAGACCCUUCUUGAGGCCAUGAAGGCUCUGAGUGAAGAGUUUCGUCAAAGAAGCAAAUCCCAAACUGUUGGUGUGAGCUGUGGAGGAGGAACUGCCUCUAAUCCUAUUAGUGUACCUUCUAGACGACACCACCCAAAUCUACCACCUUCCCAGGUUGGUUUUUCCAGACGUGCUAGAACGGAAACUCCUGGAGUCUCGAACACCAACACGUCUCCAACUCCACGGCACGGAUUCUCUAGGUCACGGACAGCCAGCAUUGGGGCCCGUACAGAGGAUGGAGGGGGCAGAGCAACAGCGCUCAGCACAAGUCCGAGCCUCAACGGUUCAUCCUGUUCUACUACCCCGACCCUGAGGCCUAAACCCACACGAGCACCCACCCCAGCGAAGAUCACCCUCAGCCUAGCACGAUACACCCCAAACCCUGCACCUUCCCCAGCUCCCAGCCUCUCAUCCAGUUCUGGUCAUGGGUCAGAAUGUGGUUUAGGUGGAGCUGCCUUUGGAACAGUGCCCAUUUGCACUUAUGCUCGAAUUCCUCAGAGAGUGUCCAUGUCAGGAUCACCCAGUGAUUAUGGUUCCUCAGAUGAGUAUGGCUCCAGCCCCGCAGAGCACUCCCUGCUUGCCUCAGGGCUCCCUGGUGCCCUUGUUGAAGGUAGAGCUAGUUAUAUCCUGAUGGGUCACAGAGAAGGGUCUCACAAACGUGUUCAUGGACGCAGGGUUCUUCGUCGUUCAUCUAGUCGCGAGUGUGAGGGUGACCGCCGGCUGCUCAGCAAGCGUGCUUCCUUACCCCCCACCUCUACCCAGGAGCGUUUGGUCCCACACCGCAGGGAGGAGGAAGAAGAGGAUGAAGAAGACUAUGCAGUGAUGUCACGCAGUGCAAGUAGAGAGUCUUUCAUUUCACGCCGAGGCUCAGGGGGUUCAGCUACAACAUCAUUGGUGCAGGAAAAUUCAGCAGACAAAGGUGUCAGUACUAAAGGGGGGCCUGAAGACUCCUCAAUUGAGAGUGGCUACAUGUCCAUGUUGCCAGGUGUUACAGCUCCUCCUGCUUCAUUGUCACUAUCAGUUUCUGGUUCAGAUGUAGUGCCAAAGGGUGGAGAUGAAUACAUGGCUAUGACUCCCAAUAGUAGUGUCACACCCCCUCAGCAAAUCCGCCUACCCAUUAAUGAGGGCUACAUGAUGAUGUCUCCAAACAGUAGCUGUUCACCAGACUUGCAUGGCCUCAGUGGAUGCAUUUGGGGCAGCAGGGGCAGCAUGGAGAGUCGGGCGGGCAGCGACUACAUGAACAUGUCACCUAUUAGUGCCAGGUCAGCUUGCAGUACUCCUCCAUCACACCCAGAGCAGCAACCACAGCAGCCAAAGAUGGUCUAUUCUUAUUUUUCGCUGCCACGUUCAUAUAAACACACUGCCCUCUCAACCCGUUUUGAAAAUGAUCUGGAUAGGGUUUGUGUGGGUAGAGGUGAAGCUGGGGGAAAGGUUGGUUACCAUUGUGGAGGGGACACACCUGUGGGCUCAGGUGGGGGUGGACAACUCUCUCUGUCCUCAUCCUCUUUCUCCUCUAGUUCAGCUAGCAGUGAAAGCCUUGAAGACAGGUCGUUGUCUCUGUCUGUUGGUGGAGUGGGAAGAGCAGCCAGACUGACCACAGGACACAGGGUAGGGGGAGCUCACCCCAAAGUUUCAGCCCAACACAAUCACCAGCAGAAAUGUGGGCCAGGUUUUCAGAAACAGGGUCAUUUACAGCCAAGAAAGGACAAGUUGUCCAACUUUUUUGUGGAUAUGUCCAAAGCCAAUACGUUGCCGAGAGUCAGGGAGACUUUGCUCCCAACUGCAUCCUUGAGCCCUGGAGAGUAUGUGAGCAUUAUUUAUCAGAGUGAGCGAAGAGGACAUAGCAAGGGGAGGACUACAGCUGAGCCAGGGAACUCCAUGGCACAAAGACAACAAAGAGCCUUUCACCGACCACAGCCAUGUCAAGGUGGAUCUGCCAACCUUCCCCGGAGCUUCUCAGCACCCCUCUCCACCUCUAUCUCUUUAUCCUCUGAAUAUGUGAACAUGGACUUGGGUAACUCGCCUUCUCUCACUCCUCUCUCUUCUUUUAAACCUGCUCCAAAGGUCAGAGAGGAGAUCAACAGAGCUUCUUAUGUAAAACAAGAAGUGGAAAUGGGACUCAGGAAGAGCAGCAUUUCAAGCUUGACAUCUACAGAUGUCACUGCUGCACCUUUUAAAGACUAUACUGAGAUGAAAUUUGGAUUGGAUGGAGAUAAAACAUCCAUGUCCCCUAAACCUGGCCAAACACCUCUACCAUCCUCCAUGGAGCAGGAGCAUAACACGAAUUAUCCUUCACCCAAAGCUUUUUCAAAUGUGGAUCAGGGUGCCCAUCUAGUGAGGGUGGAAUCAACAGCAAGAAGGCGGCAUCGCUCUGAGACAUUCAUAGCACCUCCAACUCUCAACCACUCCCCCUCUGCUUCCCCUUCUCCUUUUCCUGAAGCACCACAUUGUGGUCCACCACGACAGCAAGGAUUAGAGAACAACCUUUGGUCUAAUAAUCAGCCACCCUCUCCACAGUGUGCCAGCCCUGGAGUGGCAACUCUUCCUGCUGCUCAGGCAUCUUCCUUAAACCUAGAGCAAGGCCUGAACUACAUUGAUUUAGACUUAGUCAGUAAGGAGAAUCAAACCAGUGUGGAUGGACCUUCUGGCCCUCACUCAUUUUUCUCUCCUGUAGUUGGAGGGUUGACUGGGGGAUUUGGUGGAGCUGGAGGAAACACCACCUCCAGCAUCAACACAUAUGCCAGCAUUGAUUUCAUCAAAUCAGAUGAAUUGAGAGUUCAUCAGAGCAGCAGGAAGGACAGCAAAGAUUGUUAAUGUGCUCCUGCAUUCAGUCCAGUCAGCACUUGUCCUUCCUGCGUGAAUGCGUUUGUCUGUGUGUGCACCUGAUGUGAUCUGAAAAACGGUGCGAUUGCCCACAUCCCUCAGCAGUGGACUCUUAACUGCCCUUGCCUCAUAACAACAUUUACUCUCAUUAGCUGUCAUUGGUUCAGCCAAAAUAAAAAUUGUGCCAAAAGACGGACAUUACCACCAGAGAUCACUGAAAUGGACGUGUCCUUCAACCACUUAUGAAGGGCCACUGCCAACAAGGAGCCAAUGAUAUUCCUUUUUUCCUCUUCCACAAACUUUAAAUUAUUGUAAGAGAGAUGUUAAAUAGAUGAAAUAUAUAUAGCAAACAUAAUAUUACUGAGAAUCUAUCUAUUAUCUAUCUAUCUAUCUAUCUAUCUAUCUAUCUAUCUAAAUACAAAGUUUUUUUUUAUAAAAGUGCCUCAUUUUUGAUUGUAGCCAUUUUUACACAGGUCUCAGUGUGCUCUGUAAAAGAAAAAUGCUUUAGAUUUUAUUUAUUUGUUUGUUUGUUUGUUCCUUUGCCUUCCCAUUCCUUUGUGUUCGCUAUGCUGAACAAAGCUGAAAAACAGUUACAGUAUAAGAGAGAUGGAAGAAUAGAUGGAAGCGCUUUAUUUUCUAUGGUUUGUGUAUUCAGAUUGCCUUACUGUGCUGGAUUUGUGUAUGUGCGUGUGUGAUCAGUCAUCCAAGCCUCGGCCAUGCUGUGCUUCAGUUCACUAAAAAAGAUUUGGACACACACAAAGAGAGGUCAAAACUGAUUGCAUAUAACACUGUGUGAUUUAAACUUUAGUGAAUGCAUCUGCUCCUCAACACACAGAUAAACACUUAAACAUUUAUAUCAUCCAGUUUUUGGAUGAUAUAUAUCAUUUAUAUCAUCCAGCAUGGUGGGAUCAGAUGGCUGGAAGCACAAAAUCUGAUGACUGAUAGAGAUCUGAUCAGUAUAACUGAAACUGCUAGUGUGUGUGUGUGUGUGUGUGUGUGUGUGUGUGUGUGUGUGUGUGUGUGUGUGUGUGUGUGUGUGUGUCCAUGGCCUAUUGUCCUCCAUAUAACCAGGGUAGUGUACUAUUGUAGUAUUUCUCAUCCCCAAUUUACUACGAUCACACACAAACUGUGAUUUUAAACUGUGCCUCUCUCAAAUGCAGCUCUUUUAUCAGCAGACUGAACUGCUAUAUAAAUUGAACACACAUACUUGGCCAGACAGCAGAUAUCCAUCAAAGACAAUUCAUUUUGGUGGCUUUUACAAUUUUCUGAUUAAUCUAGAAUUUGUUUUGUGUAGUGUAUGUAAUUUGCAAAAACUGUGUACUUUUUAGGUGCCAAAUUCUUAACUCACACACUACCAUUAAUCAUGCACUGAGAAAAAUAAGCAAACCAUGCUUUUAAUAUCAGAUUUUUAGUAACUAGUAUUUUUCUCUUUUGCCUGCACAAUCUGCAUAUUUUUUAUCACUUAGGCCUAUUUGCUAAUAUAAACUCGUAUCUUACAACAGCUGCCUUCAGUUACCAGGAAUCAACAUGAAGCCUUAUAGUGCUUAUAUGAAUGCCUUUUCUAUCAUGUAUGGAUAGAUUAUCAUUAGGUUAUGUUUAUAUACAGGUUCAUUUAUACGUAAUACAUGUGACAUUCAAUGCAGUGUUUAGAGGUGACAUUUGCUUACAGUGUUAAUCUUCAUCAUCCACAUCAAUGAUACAGUGGUUGUAAAUGAUUACAGAUAACAUGCAUAUUUCACAACUGAAUUGUUCACAUACUUCAUUAUCUGUACUAAGGAUUAAAACAGAACAACAGGUGGUGAUUAUAAUGUGGGGUGGGCUUAAUAAUGUCCCCUUAAGAGUUUUAACCUCCGUGUUUGCUUCUAAUCCUGGGCAGGACAUAUGCCUUUUUUUAAAUCCACCUUUUGAUACCAUUACAGGAACAAAGAAAGCAUAAAAACGUGUGUGUGUGUGUGUGUUUGUCUGUUUCUGUCGGUCCAAUCCAACUGCAAAGUGUGUUUGGCUAUCCUGUUUUACUCCAUGUCUUUUCUUUCCUAUAUUUUGAUUGCCUUAUUGUCUUAUUAUUUAAUUAUUUAAUACACGGCAGCUGUAAAAGAUGCUUUUUAUUCUAAAACGGUGGGAAGUUUUAAGAUUCUGCAUUCUAGCAGUGGGAUUUUUCUUUCUUCAGACUGACAAUUUUAUAGAGUGGUUUGGUGUAUAAAAUUGUAUGUCCCCAGACUUUCUUUCCAGUAAACAUUAACAUGGUAUUAAGUGAUGUAGAAAUACAGCCAAGGUCAUAUGUAUACUGUAGGUAAGGACUACUUAUAUAGUCCAGAAAAAAGAAAAAAA